ACCAAUCUUAUAUUUACGAAUGACUACCACUAUAUAGUUUGGAAUAAUUUCUUAUCAUAGUUUCUUGCACAAAAUAGUACAUAUUACUUUAUAACUAUAUAUAAGUCUGUUAUUUAAUGAUCCUUUGACUAUUACAAAUCUAUAUAAAAUAAUAGAAAUUAUACAAUUUUUUGACAAUAGAUUCAUCAGAUUGAAAGUUGAUCUAAGCAAGUUAUAUUGAAAUGAUUUUACUAUACGAACGCUCUAGGCUUUUAUGAAUCAAUUUUAUUUGCGUUGUGGCAAAAAUCUGCAUUUGAUCUCGAUUAAAAAAUUGACCUAAAAAAUGAGUGACAAUUGACGUAUGUCAAGGGAGGGGAUCCUAAAAAAUAUUCAUAGUAAACGUCAACAUUAUUUAGAUAUGUACCCUGAAAAUGAAUCGUAGUGAGGGAUUUGUUAAAAGAAGAAAUAUAACAAGGGAUAAUAGUGAGGGUUUAAACAAAGAAGAACAAAACAAUGAAAAAAAAUCUAGCCGCGAUGAAGAUUCCCAAGAUGGGGAUUCAAAAGAAACAAGACUAACACUUAUGGAAGAAGUUCUGCUUUUAGGACUAAAAGAUAAAGAAGGUUACACGUCUUUUUGGAAUGAUUGUAUAUCCAGUGGUCUACGGGGAUGUAUCUUAAUUGAAUUAGGAUUGAGAGGGCGCAUAGAACUUGAAAAAACUGGAAUGAGAAGAAGAGGCCUACUUGCAAAAAAACUUAUUGUAAAAAGUGAUACCCCUAUUGGAGAUGUACUUCUUGAUGAGGCAUUGAAACAUCUAAAAGAAACUGAUCCACCAGAAACAGUUCAAAGUUGGAUUGAAUACUUGAGUGGGGAAACCUGGAACCCAUUAAAAUUACGAUAUCAGUUGAAAAAUGUUAGGGAACGUUUGGCAAAAAAUUUAGUUGAAAAAGGUGUGCUGACUACUGAGAAACAAAAUUUUCUAUUUUUUGAUAUGACUACCCAUCCCUUAACAGAUAAUAUUACAAAGAGCCGUUUAAUCAAGAAAAUCCAAGAUGCAGUUCUAUCUAAGUGGGUAAACAAUCCUCAGCAAAUGGAUAAAAGGAUGUUAGCUCUAAUAUUCUUGGCACAGGCAAGUGAUGUACUUGAGAAUGCCUUUGCACCACUCAAUGAUGAUGAUUAUGAAUUAGCUACUAAAAGAGUAAGAAAACUUCUUGAUUUAAAUUUUGAAGAAGAAGCCAACAAACCGAACACAUCGGAUGUGUUGUGGGCUGUAUUUGCCGCUUUUACUAAAUAAGAAUAUAUUAAUAUGGUUAUUUUUACCAAAUCACCAAUCCCUUGGAAUUAAUAUUUUCUAUAUUUUUGAGGUAUAUACUCAAAACUAAUGAUUUUUUUUAUAUAGUUUCAAUUCCAAUAUUUAUUCUUUAUAUUGUUGACGGAUUUUAUUGAAAUUUUAUUAAAACAAAUAUACAAACAGUACAACUUUUUAUAAACCACUUUUAUGGCUUUUAGGAAAUGCCUUUUGAGUAUUUUAUCAUAAGUUAUGAUUAAAUUAUACUUAUUUAAAUUUAAGUUAAUCAUACCUCAAGAAAAAUAAAUAGGUGAAUGCUAUUUGGUAAAAAAACCAAAUAACACUUGUCCUUUAGAAUAUAAUGUAUAAUUAUCAUUUUAUUUUGUAAAUUCUUCGCUAGGGUUAGGAAUUUUUGAAAAAUCUUUUAUUUCAUUUGAGGCCAUCACAAAUUAGUAGAUAAUUUUCAUAUUAUUAUGAAAACUUUUAAGUAAAACCUAACUAAUUUUUAAAUGUUCAAUGAUGUUAAAAAUCAUGUGAUUUGUUAUUUACUUUUUUUGCUUUGGCACAUUGAGCAAUUUUUUUGUUCCUAUAUCAUUGGAUAAAUAAUAUGAAAUGUUUUCUACUGGUGAUGACAUUUAUUCAUCAGAGCUUUAACCAUAAUGUGUAUCUUUGGUGACCAUACGAAAAUAUUUAUGUUCAGGUAAAACUGUGAUAUUCUCAUCACCUGCAUCCAUUAAUAAAUGAAUAUAAUUAUUCCAGACUCAUAUUGACAUUAUGGUCACUGCUUCAAAAUAAUUUAUAUUAAAUUCUUGAUUCUCCGAUUUCUGUUUUUUGCAAUAUUUGUCAUUCCAACCUUCACAAAAUUUAUUUAGUUAUUUUUUUAUAAAACAACCUUUAUUUGUAUCUUUGUAGCAUUAAUUCAAAAUACAAACUUGAAAUACUUUUUUUUAUUAUUGUCAAACAUUUUCAACACGAAAUAUAGAUGUAACAGAAUCCCACAUUUUUUAAAUCUAGUAUUACUUUGAAAUUUCUAUGUUUAGAUAAAUGUCAUACAUAUAUAAUAAACUUAAAUGUUGAA